GUCACACAGAUUAGGCUUACCCCGCCCGAUAUGGAUAUGCUCUAUCCAUUGGUUUUCAAUAAGAAUACCUUAUCUGCUCUUUAGGGGACGCCGUCAGUCGAGUUGUCUGCUCUUUAGGGGCUCUUUGUUUUUCGCCGAGGACGUAUUGACAGGUCAAGGUGCACGAGUUUAGCUCAGUGGGUUGGCCUUAUAAAUAGAAGCACGGUGUAAGGCAUCCGCACAACCACACGCCACCUCAACAAGAGCCUGUCUUGGUAGGACAAGAACAUUUGAAUGUAUUUCAGCUUUUCAUUUUGUUUUUGAGAGUUUGUUCUGUAUCUCAUCAAAAUGGAUAACGCAUGUCAAUGUACAGAUUACAAUGACAGGCAGUCAAAUGCUAUCCUUUACAACAUCCUCAAUCAAGAAAAUUCCAAGUCAGGCCACAACAACCUGAACUACAACUUGAUACCUCCUAGAUGCAACUGUGAGAUGCGAAGGACAGUGUGCUUGAAAAGUCCAGCAGACAUUUGCCAAGAGGCAUCGGGAGUGCUGGUGAAAACAAUUCACUUUAUGAAGAACGUACCUGCUUUCAACCAACUCCCAAAGAACGAUCAACUAUCGCUCCUCCACAGUUGCUGGGUGCCACUCUUUAUUUUGGGUCUGGCCCAGGAAGGCAUGAACUUUGACGUCAUCGACACCCCUGCCAAUAGCAUGCUGAAAAGAAUCCUCUUGAAUUCUCAAGAGAGCUCAGAGACGGAAAGAGAGCAGCCCACAUUGGCUGGUGUGAACAAACUCAAGUCAUGCCUCAAAAAGUUCUGGAGUCUGGAUUUAAGUCCAAAGGAGUACGCAUACCUCAAGGGCACCAUGAUAUUUAACCCAGAUGUGAAAGACUUAAAGGCAGCUCUAUUCGUGGAGGGCUUACAGCAGGAGGCUCAGCAUGCUCUGAGGGAGGUGGUCCAACCACUCCACCCUGGGGACCGAAGCCGCUUUGCUCAUAUCCUGCUCGCGGCGUCCAUGCUCAAGACCAUCACACCCAACCUCAUCACCGAGCUCUUCUUCCGUCCUGUCAUUGGCCAAGCAGAUCUACUGGACUUCCUGGUCGAUAUGCUCUUCAGCAGGUAGCUACUGCAAGGCUGAUAUACAGAGACCUGAUAUAAUUUCCCGCUGGGACAAUAAAGUUGAAACUUGAACUUGAGGGGUUUGGGCUCCCACUGUGAGGGAUAUUGAGUCCCCGGGACUGAGUUGGGGUGUCUGGUCAUGUGGUGAAGAGAUUGACAAAUAAGAGCUCGUUAUAAGGGGAAACAAAAUAAAUGUGUAUUCUUUAUUCCCAGUAAUAAAUGUCUGACCAAAUAGGGAAAUAUUUUUUUUCUCUGGAAAAUAUGAGAAAAGUUUGCUAUUGUUUACAUCCAACUAUGAAUGAGCAACAUUUACUGUAUAUUAGCAACAUUUUUGGUAGAAAAUUGAGGUCACAAUGGCUGGUAGUUAUAACAGACAUUUUACUGGUUAUAUCAGACAGGCUACACUACGGUCUACAAUACACAUUCCUUAAAAUCAUGUAUAUUUUGCAGAAUACCGUUUAGAUACAUUGUUUGUUUUCUGUAUGUUUGCAUGAAAAAUGUAAAUCAUUUCUGGGACUGCCUCCAGAAUAUUUUCUAUAAAUAUAUUUUGAUACAA